AUGACGUCAACACCACACACUACGAUUCUUCAACAAGCCAAGACGCAACAACAAACAGACCUACGCACCUCUCAAGUCCUUUCACAUCAACUCCAAUCUUUAGCAUCUCAACUCAUAGCUACGAAUUCUGAAUCCACACAGGCAGGAACCACACAGUCACCUCUUUUGGACAAGAUCACCACGAUGCAUCAGUUGAAUGACGAUAUCGAUCAGUUUUUGAUGGGCGAAUUUGCCGAGAAUUGCUAUUUAUUGGAGAAACUGAAGGUGCGAUUGGAACAAUAUGUUGAUAAAUGUAAAGGCAAGUUGAAUAGUCAUGGUGGGAGACAAGAAGCGAGUAAGGUGGAUCCAAAAGGGUCUGCACAAUAUUCGAAUAGAGAGAACAAUCAUCAUAAUAAUAAUAAUUAUAAUAAUAAUAAUAGAAGCAAACGAAAACAUACAAAUCAUAUCGAUACACUACAAAGGCGAUGCGAGUUAAUCGAUCAAGACUUGCGAAUCUUGGAGCAGACAUUGAAAAACAUUCAAUGA